AUGGCACUGGCUCGCUAUCAGGCCGUGAAGCCGCUCUCUUCUACCCUUGCUGCGUCCUGCAAACUGCUCACCCUUUCUUCUACCGCCCCUGGGGUGGGACGGUGUGGAAAGCGGUAUGAGGUGUCUGGCGAGGAGCACCUAUACUCCGACUUCCCCGAGAUUGAUUUGUCCCAGCUGGAUGCCAGCGACUUCGACUCGGCCGGCUGCUUCAGCGAGCUGCAGUGGUGCGGGGAGCACUCGGAGACCGACUCCAGCCAGUACAGCACCGAUGACUCCGAGCUCUUCCAGAUAAUAGACAGCGAGAACGAAGCGCUGCUGGCAGCCCUCACCGAGACAUUGGAUGAUAUACAGGGAGAUGACAUGGGCCUGGCUGCCUUCCGAACUAUGGAAGAGGGGGACACGCUCAACCAUGCCUACACCUCGCCUGCCCCCUCCCCCAAACCCACCGCCCCGGUCACGGGGGGGCCGUCCCCGGCCCCCGAGUUUGAUGAGCUGUCUCUACUGAAGAAGUUGCUGCUCUCUCCAUCACAUGUGCCUCCAAGCUGCGAGGCUCAGCGGGACGGCAGCGCCCGGCGCCCGGGGACCCCUAAGUCCCGACCCCCACGGCCCUGCGCAAAGGUGGAAGGUCCCCGGGACAGGAGGGCGAGCGUCCCGCAGGCGCAGAGCCGCAGCUGCACUGAGCUGCACCGGCACCUCACCUCCACCGCCCCCUGCCCCCAGACCAAAGCCCCCCGACCACCCGAGGAGUGUCCCAGCAGCCACCACCACCCGUCCCCAGGCAACUGCGCCCAUCACGAGGACGACAGCGACUCCAGCGAGGACUCGCUGAGCUCCGGCGACUUGGUGACCCCCCCCUCCUCGGCGGAGGAUGGCUCCAGCAGCCAGUUCUCCUGCAUGGGGGAGAUGCACUCGGUGGGGGAGCUGAUCCGCUACAUGCAUACCUACUGCCUGCCGCCGCGCGAGCUGCCCGCCCGGGAUGCCGCUGAUGCCAAACCCCAGCCCUGCAGCAGCCCCUUCAAGAGAGCCAAACCAGACUGCCCCGCACAGCCGGGACCCCCCAGCAGCACGCAGAGCCGGCCGGGCUGCGCCUGGCAGGCAGCCGGGGGCUGCAAGAAACCUGGAGCAUCCUUCUCCAUACUGAAGGAGCUGCUGGCACGGGACCUGCUGUGCGAUGUGAGCAAGCCAUACCGCCUGGGCAAGCCUGUGUAUGCCUCCCUGGCCCGGCCAGCUGGCUCCCGCUCCCCGGUGCCACCGGCCCAGGACAGGGAGGACCUUGGUGGGACCUGCACAUCCAGAGCCAAAACAGCACUGGAGAAGGGUGAGCUGCAGCAGAGCCUCGGGGCUGAGGCAGAGGCACCGCAGGAGCCGGAUGGCUUCGAGGACGAUGCUGGGAAGCACGCGGGCACCCCAGGCAUAGCCACGGGGAAAGUGGCCCGCAAGCAGGAGAGCACUGUUUAUGCCGUCCGCCGGUCCAAGAGACUCAACCCCGAGCUCGGCCACUGGCUCUGGGGGAUGCACGGAGGAAGGAGACGGCGGGAGCUCGGCAGGGCUGGCAGAGCCCCAGCCCCUCUCCCUGGGCUCCCCAGGAGACGGCGAGAAACACCCAGGUGUCUCACGCUGUCCUUGGCACAAACUGACCCGACCUUUGGGAAGAGAAACUUUGAGCCGAUGCUGACCGUGGAGCUGUGUGGGACGGCAGGUCUCACGCCGCCCACCACUCCACCAUACAAGCCUGCCGAGGAGGACCUGUACAAGCCAGACAUCCCCCAGGAGCCAGGGAAGGAGGACGGGACAGCCCCCAGCCCCGGGGGCGCAGGGGAUGCGGCAGCCUCCCGCAAAGCCCCCAAGAAGCACCCCGAGAGGACAGAGCUCUUCGCCCACCUGAGCCGCGCUGCUGGGCGCCCCGCGCUCCCCGAGCAGCAGGGCAUGCUCAAGCGGCCCUUCUCCCGCUCCUUUGGGGACCACGACUACUGCCAGGUGCUGAAGCCUGAGGCCGCCCUGCAGAGGAAGGUGCUCAAGUCGUGGGAUCCCCCGAGCCAGGUGGAGACGGAGCACAAGAGGAGGGUCCCGGCCGCCCACUACCAGGGGCUGGACCUCGGUGGCAAGGAGGCGGGCGGCGAGAUGCUGUGGAAGGAUGGCGUCAAGCAGCUGAGAGACCAGGAGAUCAGAGCCAGCUUAACGAAGCACUUUGGCUUUCUGGACAGUGCUCUCGAUGACGAGGACAUGGUCUUCUGCAAGACCCCUGAGUACGACACUGUCUUUGAAGACAGCUGCAGUGAAAGCGGCUCCCCCGUGGAGGAGGAGGAGGAGGAAGAGGAAGAGGAGGAGGAGGAGCACGGCGACACCAAGCUGUGCCUGCGGAGAAACCACCUUUCCAGGACCAGUUUGCAUUACUGUUCCCGAAGCAGGUCCAGCUCGGGGUCUUCAUGCUGCCGGUCCCGAUCGCCUGCGAGCAGACGGACCUUCAGGUGUGAGAACAGCGAGCAGUGUCAGGGCGGGAGCGGGCACCGGGGCCAGCUGGAGAAGAGACGGGAAAAGGCCAUCGGGGAAGGCCGGGUGGUGUAUAUCAGAAACCUCUCCAGCAGCAUGAGCUCCAGCGAACUGAAGAAACGCUUCGAAGUGUUUGGUGAAAUCGUGGAGUGCCAGGUCCUGUCCAGGACUAACAGGGGAGAUAAAUACGGCUUCAUCACCUACCGGUAUUCAGAGCAUGCCGCCUUAUCUCUGAAGAACGGCACCUCGCUAAGGAAGAGGAAUGAGCCUUCGUUCCAGCUCAGCUCUGGUGGCCUCGGGCACUUCUUCUGGACCAGAUACGCUGACUUGGAUUGCAGCACGGAGGAGUCUUCCCCAGCUCCAGUGAAAAGCAAGUACGAGACCAUGGAUUUCGACAGCUUGCUGCAGGAGGCACAGCUAAGCCUGCAUCGGUAA